GGGCGGGAGCCGGGCGGCGGCGGCGGCGGCCGAGAGGACCGCGGCGAGGGAAGCGCAUCCAGCGGCUCCGGUCGCGGCGGGGGUCCGGGUCCCCGCGCCCCGGCGGCCGGCGGGCGCGGGCCGGCGCGAUGGAGCCGCAGCACGUGCGCCCCGCGCCCGGCGCCCGCAGCCCGGCCUGGGAGGAACCGGACGUGGAAAGGAUGGCUGGGGCCGGCGGCCAGCACCACCCUCCGGGCGCCGCUGGAGGAGCGGCCACUGGGGCUAGCGCCGCGGUUACUGCCGCCGCGGUCUCGGCGGGUCCCGGAGACGAUUCGUCCGACAGCGAAGCGGAGCAAGAGGGACCCCAGAAACUGAUCCGCAAAGUGUCCACCUCGGGGCAGAUCCGGACCAAGACCAGUAUUAAAGAGGGACAACUAUUGAAGCAAACCAGUUCUUUCCAAAGGUGGAAAAAGCGAUACUUCAAACUGCGAGGUCGUACACUCUAUUAUGCAAAGGACUCAAAGUCUCUGAUAUUUGAUGAAGUCGACCUCUCAGAUGCCAGUGUGGCUGAAGCAAGCACAAAAAAUGCUAACAACAGCUUCACGAUAAUCACUCCAUUCAGAAGACUGAUGCUGUGUGCUGAGAACAGAAAGGAGAUGGAGGAUUGGAUCAGUUCACUGAAGUCUGUACAGACCAGAGAACCUUACGAGGUGGCCCAGUUUAAUGUGGAACAUUUCUCAGGGAUGCAUAACUGGUACGCCUGCUCCCAUGCCCGACCCACUUUCUGUAACGUGUGCAGAGAGAGUCUUUCUGGAGUCACCUCCCAUGGCCUGUCCUGUGAAGUGUGUAAAUUCAAGGCUCACAAAAGGUGCGCCGUGAGGGCGACAAACAACUGCAAGUGGACGACCCUGGCCUCCGUCGGGAGGGACGUCAUAGAGGACGAAGACGGGGUCGCUAUGCCUCACCAGUGGCUCGAGGGUAACUUGCCUGUGAGCGCCAAGUGUGCUGUCUGUGACAAAACAUGUGGCAGUGUUCUCCGUCUCCAAGAUUGGAAAUGCCUUUGGUGUAAAACGAUGGUACAUACUGCCUGCAAAGAUUUAUACCAUCCUGUAUGUCCACUUGGCCAGUGUAAAGUGUCUAUCAUACCUCCAAUUGCACUGAACAGCACCGAUUCUGAUGGUUUCUGUAGAGCAACGUUUUCAUUCUGUGUUAGUCCUCUGUUGGUUUUCGUCAAUUCUAAGAGUGGAGAUAAUCAGGGAGUGAGGUUUCUUCGUCGAUUUAAGCAGUUGCUAAAUCCAGCUCAGGUGUUUGAUUUAAUGAAUGGAGGUCCUUAUUUAGGUCUAAGAUUAUUCCAAAAGUUUGACAAUUUCCGGAUUCUUGUUUGUGGAGGAGAUGGAAGUGUAGGUUGGGUUUUGUCCGAAAUUGAUAAGCUCAACUUGAAUAAACAGUGCCAGCUGGGAGUGUUGCCCUUGGGCACAGGAAAUGACCUUGCCCGGGUUCUUGGCUGGGGAGGUUCCUACGAUGAUGACACCCAACUUCCUCAGAUUCUGGAGAAGCUGGAACGAGCCAGUACUAAAAUGUUGGACAGGUGGAGUAUAAUGACCUAUGAACUCAAAUUGCCACCAAAGGCUUCUCUACUUCCAGAACCUCCAGAAGCAUCUGAAGAAUUUUAUAUAACAUGUCAAGAUUCAGUUGCAGCUCAUCUUACAAAAAUCCUCAAUUCUGAUGAACACGCGGUGGUCAUAUCGUCUGCCAAGAUACUAUGUGAAACUGUAAAGGACAUCGUUGCCAAAGUAGAGAAGGCGUAUGAAAAAACACUGGAAAAGGCUGUUGUAGCCGAUGCUGUGGCCAGUAAAUGUUCUGUCCUAAAUGAGAAGCUUGAACAGCUGCUCCAGGUUUUGCACACAGACUCCCAGGCUGAUCCAGUUCUCCCAACCAUCAGCACCAUCAUCGUAGAAGAGGAUCCUGUGGAAUCGUCCAGCGAAGAAUCCCUCUGUGAAAGCAGGGACCAGCUCCUGGAUGACACUACAAGACCUUCCUCCCAGAAAGCUGUCAGGUCAAAGGAAAUAAUGUUGAGGGCCAACAGUUUGGAGAAAGCAGUGAGGCAGGUCAUUGAAGAAGCCAGAAAAGUCAUGGAUGACCAGACAGUUCAGUCCUGUGACCCAGUUAAUCAAUCAUUUGAUUAUGACAGCACAGAAACAGAUGAAUCUAAAGAUGAUGAUGCGAAAGAAUCAUUAACUGUUAAAACUACAUCUCGGUCUCCAGAUGGCCGGGCAAGUCGUUCCCAAACUGACUCUGGCCCUGGUCCAGCUGUGGCAGCCAGCAAAGAAAACCUCCCUGUGCUUAAUACCAGAAUAAUUUGCCCAGGUUUAAGAGCAGGACUAGCUGCCUCAAUUGCUGGGAGUUCUAUUAUCAACAAAAUGUUACUAGCAAAUAUCGAUCCUUUUGGUGCAACACCAUUUAUUGACCCAGAUCCAGAUUCAAUAGAUGGAUAUUCUGAAAAAUGUGUCAUGAACAAUUACUUUGGGAUCGGAUUAGAUGCAAAAAUUUCAUUAGAAUUUAAUAAUAAGAGAGAGGAGCACCCUGAAAAAUGCAGGAGCCGAACUAAAAACUUGAUGUGGUAUGGAGUCCUUGGGACCCGGGAGUUAUUGCAGAGAUCAUACAAGAAUUUAGAACAGAGAGUUCUACUUGAGUGUGAUGGGCAGUACAUUCCUCUGCCCAGUCUGCAGGGAAUAGCAGUGUUGAACAUUCCCAGCUAUGCCGGAGGCACUAACUUUUGGGGUGGCACUAAGGAGGAUGACAUAUUCGCUGCACCAUCAUUCGAUGACAAAAUCCUGGAAGUCGUCGCAGUAUUUGACAGCGUGCAAAUGGCAGUUUCCAGAGUCAUUAAACUGCAGCAUCAUCGAAUAGCACAGUGUCGUACAGUGAAAAUCACUAUAUUUGGUGAUGAGGGAGUCCCGGUGCAGGUGGAUGGUGAAGCAUGGGUACAGCCUCCAGGGAUUAUCAAAAUCGUGCACAAAAACAGGGCUCAGAUGCUAACAAGGGACAGGGCUUUUGAAAGCACUCUAAAGUCUUGGGAAGAUAAACAGAAGUGUGAUUCUGGUAAACCAGUUCUUCGAACCCAUCUGUACAUCCAACAUGCCGUUGACUUGGCAACAGAAGAGGUGUCCCAGAUGCAGCUCUGUUCCCAGGCUGCGGAGGAGCUCAUUACCAGGAUUUGUGACGCAGCCACAAUCCACUGUCUUUUGGAACAAGAGCUGGCCCACGCUGUGAAUGCGUGCUCCCACGCACUGAAUAAAGCCAACCCUCAGUUCCCAGAGAGUCUUACAAGAGACACUGCCACUGAAAUAGCCAUGAAUGUGAAGGCGCUGUACAAUGAAACAGAAUCUUUACUAGUUGGCAGGGUUCCUCUGCAUCUGGAAUCUCCACAUGAAGAGCGGGUGUCCAAUGCCUUACACUCUGUGGAGGUGGAGUUACAGAAAUUAACAGCAAUUCCCUGGCUUUAUUAUAUCUUACACCCAAAUGAGGAUGAGGAGCCUCCUAUGGAUUGCACCAAAAGAAACAGCAGAAGCACAGUAUUUCGCAUAGUGCCAAAAUUUAAAAAAGAGAAGGUUCAGAAGCAAAAGACAAGUUCACAGCCUGUUCAGAAAUGGGGCACAGAGGAAGUUGCUGCUUGGCUGGAUCUGCUCAAUUUGGGAGAGUACAGAGAAAUCUUCAUUCGUCAUGACAUCAGAGGGGCUGAACUUUUGCAUCUGGAAAGGCGAGAUCUUAAGGACCUGGGGAUAACGAAAGUGGGUCAUAUGAAGCGAAUUCUCCAGGGAAUUAAAGAUCUUGAGAGGAGCACUCCUCAGUCUGAGGUGUAAUCAUAUUGGUGCUAUUCCUUGGAAGGGAAGUAAUUGCUACUUAAUGCAAAGUUCUUGGAAACAGGUGGCUGUUCUUGUAGUUUUCUGCCUAGAUAAGUAAGCACCAGGAAAGCACCUCUAUGGCUUGCUAUUUUUCUGUGGGUAAAAAUUUUUAUUUGAGGUAUUAGAAAAUAUUUUUGUGCCAAAAAUUGCAUUCCACAAAGCUAUUUUCUUAUUGUGCAAACCCUACCUAUUCAAAUAUGUUCAUAUUAGUAGAAUGGUAAGAGGAAUCUGAGGCAAUUGCAUUCACUAAAAGGUGGAAUUACAAAAUGUUCACUUCUCUUACACCUGGUCAGAGGGAAUGUUCUUACUGUGCAGUCAUGAAAUAGGAUAUGGCUAAAGUUUCUUAGGUUUCAUUUUUGGAGGCAUUGGCUUCCUAACGUCACUGGUUAGGAGACUCAGAUGUAAAGUGAGUCGUGUUUUGAAUGUUAGAUUCGGCUCACUUCAGAUUUCUAGCACUCAGUGGUCAAAGAAUAUGGUUAAAAAAAAAAAACCAGGUCCUAUGAAUGAAUGCAAAUCUUAAUGCAUGAUGUUACUGCCUGGAUUGCCUCUCUUUCUUGCAUGUCACAUGUACUAUUGUAACAUUUAGCUUUAAUGUCAGUUUGAAUGUAAUAUAAUUUAUUACUACCUAAGUACCUUUUUUGUUAAUGAAAGGCACUUUUCUGUUCUUUGAUGUGGAAUUUUGCAUAAAUAUCCUGUAUCUAAGAAUUUGUGUCUGUGCCAUAAUCCACAGAUGAUAUCAUCUUAUGCAAACCAAUGUUACAUCAACCUGUUAUAAACAGUAGGUGUUCACAUUAAGAAAAUUCUCUGGAUAUUUUCCUAAAAGUACAUGUUCUGUUUCCUAACAAAACUUAGUAUAUCUUUCCAAACCAAAAUUCCCACAUUUUGUUCUUAUUUUUCAAUUUCAUAAUUAUUUAAUACUCUGUUUGCAUUUAUAAUAUAGUAGACUAUUGAUCCAGAAAUUUCCCCAAGGUCUCAACUGGGACUUGUAUGCUUGUUCGCCAUCCAUGCUCGCCCACUAGCUAAAGUGGCUCCGAUAUGAACUUCCAAAAAGAAAAGAUGAAUUUUUUCUUAAGGGUUUAUGUAAAUAUUAUCUCACUUAAUUCUUGUAGAUAUUAUUUUCCUUUUUCUAAACCACUAUACUUCAUGGUAGCUUAUUAGGAAUCAACAUUAUAAUUAUCAAAUCUUUGAAAACCAGAAGCAUACAUAUCAAAGUCAUGAAAAUAUCCUCAAAUAAGCUUUCUUUAGACAUUACAUACCAAAAAAUAAAUUAUAAUAUUUAAAAAUCAUCUAUUUCAGAGAAGUAAACAGGGUAUUGACCUAUGGUGACAGUUUUCCUAAAGAUAGGUGCUCAGUAGAUAGACACACACACAAAUGUACAUAUACAAAUAUAUAUGUACAUAUACAAAUAUAUAUGUACAUUCACACUUAUGUACAUAUUCACACUUAUGUACAUAUAAUCUUGAAUGAUUCUUUCAUUGAUAUUUUCUAGACAGUGAUUUGCCAAAUGCUUGAAGAGAAAUAUUGAUGAAAAAGCAUUUAAAAUGAACUAGUAUCAGACAAAUAAUUUAAUUGUAUCAAAAGAGUUUAAAUAUUUGACACUUAAUCUUAUUUAUAACUUGAGCAUUUAACUUCUAGUAAAAUCACACAAUUUGGAUAUCUUAAAAAAACAUGAACUUGAUGGGUUCCUGAACAAGUGUGUCUGACUAUAUAUUUUACCUAAGUUGUGAAUAAAUGGAAAUUUCCCAAGAGGAAUUAUAUCAAGUAGCUUAAGAGAGUAAAAAGCUACUCAUUAGAUAAUUUUAAUGUCAUCCUCACCAGUAACAUCAAAGUUCUUCUUUUCCUGUCCCUUUUAUAGUUCCCCGCCCUGAAAGGUGUCCUGCUCUUCCAGGCACUUCUGUGAAAUCAAAUGGCAAUGCCAGAUUCUCACAACUCUGCUGAGAUCACAGAUCCUGGUCUGACUGCACCAAAAAAGGGGAGGUGGAGGCAAGGAGGUGAGAAACUCUAGAGAAGAAUGAAUUAAUAUAAAACUACUUACUGUUUUUCACUUCUCCAAAAUACUCCUUUGCCAAUAGAAAAGAUUGUCAGGCUGUCACAGAGAUUCUCAGAAUUAGAGAGUAAGGUAUAAAUGACUGAAUAUUUUUGUUUGGCAUUGAUCUUUUUACUCUUAGGUAACAUCUCAUAUAUGCUGUAAAACUGCAGUUAAUAGUAUCCUUAGCUAGACUUUUCCUGCAAAUGAUUUUUGGAUGAGGGAAAUCCUUUAAAGUGAUAGUUUUGAUACUUCUUUUAUUAAAUGAGAGUGGUUUUUCCUGUAUGCUUGUCUGUGCAUGGCUGUGUAGGCCCCAAGUGACGUUUGCCCAGAUGGUCCCCUCAGAGCCUCCCUAGGCCCCUGUCAGUGUCACGGGAACCAGCUGCUUAUAGUAGAUGGGGCGACACAAAAAAAGAGGGUCUGCAUGCGGUCUGAUCACAGCUCUGGUGAGUGCUGGUGGGACCUCUAUACCUAAGUAAAAUUUUGGAGUACUGAAUUAUUUUCCCUCCUGUCUUCCCACCUCCCUUUGUGAAUUUCUUUCCCACUUCCUGGAUUCCUAUUUUCCCACAUACCCAGUACAGUGAUGGUUGCAAAAAUUCUCACUACAAUGUGCCACCCUUUCCUCAUCAGCUGUCCCACUACAAAAUGAUUCUUCUUCCCCACUUUAGCACCCAUUGUAGGUCAUCGGCAGAGUGUUAUAAUAAAAUUUAAAGACACCAGUUUUGUAGCUUGCGUUUUAUAAAAGGAAACUUCCUAAUAUAAAUAAGUUAACAAGUUAAAUAACAUGGGGACCAUGAUCUGUAUUGCUCUGGCUGAGAAGAGAUGCCCUGUGAAUGUCUAGAUCUCUACUGUUCAGUAUUGUAGCUACUAGCCACAUGUGACUAUCUAAAUUUAAAUUAAUUAGAAAUUUACUUUCUCAGUUGGGCUAGCCCCAUUUCAAGUGCUCAGUAACCAUAGUGGCGGUGCACAUGUUGAAUGCUUCCUCAUUGCAGUAAUUCCACUGGAUAGCACUGGUCUAGAUGCUGCUACUCAUAAUGUGGUCCGUGGAUCACCAGCAUCCAUAUCACCUGGGAGCUAUUAUAGAAAUGCAGAAUCUCAGGUGUACUUCAAACCUACUGACUCAAAAUUUCCCUUUUAACAAGAUUCAUCAGGUGAUUAUUACUGGCCUAGACAGCAUAUUCUUCCUCCUAGAUAUUAGGGAUACGAGGGCUUCAAAAAGAUCCUAAAAGUAGCUCACUCUCCAAUCUUAUUUUUUGUCUGUUCUCCAGCUAUUCCCAGAAAUGACUUGAAACUGUAGCUGAGUUUUCUUCUCAGUCUUUAUUCGUAAUUCUGGUUCUAGAUGAGUUCUACCUACCCAGUGGGUAUAUUUUGGUAGCUAAGGUGUAACGCAGAGGAGAUUGGCUGAUGGACACAGCUGGCCUCUCUCCAGCCCCUCACCUCAUGUCUAAGUCACAAACAAUCUACAUUUACUCAGUUUCUUGCUCAAGUGGCAUUCUCAUUUGUUCACAACUUAAGUCACAGGGAACAUUGCAGAAAAGUCACUGAGAUAAGUAUAGACCAGAUCAAUCUCCUACAAUUUGUACACUUUCACUUUCUCUUAUCAGUAGAUUAUGGUGUUGACAUAGUGCAUGCUUGAGGAUACAUAGCAGCACCCACACAUUAAAAGAACCUUUAGGCAUGAACAAAAAAGAACCAAAAGAUUGUAAGUAAAGUGAAUACCAUUAAAGCCCUUAAAGAGGGCAUGUUUUCCUAGACUUUAUUUUUCUUUUAUGUCACCUUACCUUGAUUCUCAGGUAGUUAUUAUUUUAAAAAAUUCUUAAAAUAGUGCCUGAAAAAUACCAUAGUUUUGAUCCUCAAAAUACAAAUUUGUUUAAUUCUAUAGUAAAGUCUUUCCCAAUGACUGAUUGUCAAUACUCUUUCACUUACUAGUUUUUAUAUACUGAAAUAAUUUACAAAAACAUUACUGCCUAGAGAUUCUUUCACUGAUUUUAAUGCAUAAGGAGGGCAUUACUUUAGUCUUCAUAGAAAUUUUUUAACGGUAUUGAGGAAGGAAAUAUUCAUGCAAAGCUUCAAAAAUUUUAGUGGAAACUUCUAUACAUCACUUUUAAAGUAAGUUAUCUAUUAUUUCCAAUUGGGGUGAAAACAUAGUGGACUUGCAUAUGGACUUUCACAUACACAGAUGUGAAUUCUUUAAGGAUAUAACUUUUAAUUAGGCUCUAAAAGCAGUGCAUCUCUCAGUCUUGACCUCUAGGCCCUGUCCUGCCACCUCCCCCAUAAUGAACUCAUGCUGCAUUUUUCAGAUGCACGUUGGAUAAAACAGUGGGCUUAGAGCUUAAUAAUACAAGUAGCAGUUUUAAAACACCCAGUUCAGCUGAAAAGAGUAGUGAAGAUUCCCCAAAUACCAAGUAUUGGUCAGUGGAAUAGCUUCCCUGAGUAGUUCCCACAGUGCUUGGCUGCCAGGCCUCCCCUGCCCCUCCUGCAGUCCCAUCCCAGGUGCCAUGGGCCCUGGGAUUGUUCGUCUGGGCCAUGGCAUCUCCCCAGUGACUUUUGUGUAGCAAUUUCUGUAAUGGGUGUCAGGUGGUUAAUAUGAUGAUGCAUUUGCAGUAGAGUGCCUUCCUAAAGAAACAGCGAAACCUUUAAAAAGACGAUGCUCAGUGUGUCUUGUAAUAUGCAGAGCAUUAAUUUUUUUAUCUUUAUUACUAUUUCUCUUUAUUGUUUUCUCCAAGUUUUGUUUAAAGACAUUUCUGUUAGAAGAAAAAACUAUAAAGGUUUAUCAUACAGAGAACAGAGAGAUGAGACAGCUGGACUGUACCUAUUUGUAUACUUCUUUCCAUUAUUUUCAGGAAAAGAAGUGUAACAGAGUAGCUGAGACUUCAUGAAACUCAGUAACGAUGUUUAAGAUAAACCCUAUAUAAAGAAGAUAUCCUAUUUCUGUAUAUUUAUAUCCUCUCUUAAUUUUGAAUGCACUUCCAAAUUUUAGUUGGAAAUAUAGGAAUCAAGCCACUACUUAAAAGUUAUAAAAACUCCACAUAAAAUAUUUGAUUUAGUACAAGUUAUUCAUUGUAUAGGAAUUUAUAAAUAGCCUGGAUAUUUCAUAGGAACUGCAUUUCAAGAGUAAAUGAAUCAAACCUAAAGGAACAUAGGGUAACUUUUUAAAUGCAUUAAAAUAACUUUCAUACUUAGUUGAAGAUGCCAUUGAAAUAGGACAAUGCAGUUAUAUAUACAAGCUAAGAAACAAAGAAUAUAUUUUGUGGUCCUUGCUAUUUGAUUGCACUAUUGUUUACCAUAGCUUAGCUGUAUCUAUUUCUAUAUUCUAAGUAUUAAGCUGAUAUGUAGCUAAAGAUUUCUUACAGUUCUGGUAACUGGUAACUAGUGCUGUGAAAAGUUUUGGUAUUGUAACAUUCCCAGUUUUGUGAGUUAUAUAUUGUAUAUUGAAGAUGACUUAAUAAAUUGGAGUAAUAUAUUUAUCUAGAGCUGGGAAAAUAAGGUAAUUAUUUUCAAAUUUUCAAGUAAGUUGUAUCAAAAUUUUUUUCUUCCUCUUGAGUGAGCUAAAUGUCUCACUUUUAUGUUAAAAUAUCUAUUUAUACAACAGGGGUCUCCUUUUACUGGUUUUAUUAAUUUUCCUAUUAAAAGUUUUCGUAUCUUUUUAUACCAAAAUAAUUAUCAUGCUGGUUACCCAAAUUGCCAAGAUUUUGCAGGAAUUUUGGCAGGCAAAAUAUUUAAUAACCAACCAGCUUUGUACAUUUUCUGGCUUUGGGGGCAAGAAUUUUACCUUUGAAUCUCUGUGUGAGGCAGCACUGAUACCAGCAAAGUCAGUAAUUGUGUUACUCAUAAUCAUCAGUAGAAGGUUUUCACAGGUUGUGUUAAUCAGUGCAUUUAUUUAUUAUGUUGUGAAAUUUAAUCUUUAUUCAAAGAGCAAAUUCUAGCUCUUUGUUACUGCUCUUGCUUAGAGUGUGAUAGCUCUGUUAAUGAUUUACUUACAUACUUGAAGUACUCAUUUCUGUCAAACAGAUGCCCAACUUCUCAUUGUAAAAAAUAAUGUUCUUUUCCAUUAUGAAUACUGAAGAGUAAAAGGAACUUUAAAAAUAAUUUUCAUGUUCAAAAAGAAAAAAGGAAAAAAGCAUAAAGCCAAAAUGAAAUCAGCAGUAUUAAGAAUUCAGUGCAACCAUGGGAUUCAUGGAACUAUGUUUUGCCAAUACAUAUUUUGCCUUCAAGUUAGAACUUCUCUGUGGCAAAUUUUCAAUUUUUGCUAUAAUAGAGAUCUCAAUGAUUGUACUGCCAAUAUAACAUUCAAAUGAACACUGAGAUCUUAAACUCGCAAAAAUAUCAUAUGCCUCUAGGGGCCAGCUCUAGGUUUCAGGGUGUAUAUUUUUAACACAAGUUUGUAUUUGAUUCUGUGCUACGUCACAAAUAGUAACCAUGAUAAUAGUUUAUUUGUUUGUUUCUGCCAAUUAAGGCAGUGGGAUUUUAAUUGAAGUUCAAAUUUUUUUGUUUAAAAGCAUCCUUUACUCUUUGAAAAAACUAAAAAUUUAAAACAAUGGCACAACAUGCCACACAGAAUAAAAUCACGUUUUCAAGGAAGAAAAAAACUGUUCUGACUUAAUAUGAGGCAAUGUUGUAUACCAAAGAAAUCACUUUAGCAAGCCCUCAAUUCAACUGUUUUAUGGUUACACAGUAUAAGCAGUAGAUGAAUUCUGAGCCAUUUAAGAACUAUAGUAAGAAAUUAAGAAUUCACUUACUGUAUUUUUAAAGACAUAAGAGUUUUUAAAAUUAAUUUUACUGUUGCACAAGCAAUUACUGAAGGCAGGACAAAAAAUAAGUGGGAAACAUUAUAAGGUAAAAGUAGGUUGAGUUGGUAAUUUAGCAAAGAUUUGGGAACACAUAGUUUGAACACAGUUAAUUUGAUCUUAUACUGUAGAAAUGCAGAACACGUGUGAGAGAUACAGUAGGCAUAAUACCACAAAAACAAAGCAGUGUCACAUUGAUGAAGUCUGCGACUGUGUCUUAGCAAAAUAGCCAGUGAAUUCAGGGAGCCCGUUCUGUUGAAAUUUAGAAGUCAGUUAAGCAGAUGGUUUGGGUGACUUAACCAUUUGUGUUUAUUCCACGAGGCAAAUUUCUCCACUUUGUGAUUGAUGUAGGGAGAACUUGUAUAAAGGGCUUCACUAGUUCUUUUAAAAGAACCUUGCUAAAUGUGCAUCAAACCAUAUCAUUCAAACUAAAGAGACCCUCAUGAACUUGCUGAGCCUUAACAUUUUUUAGCAAUAAUAGAUUUUCCUUCCAUUUUAAACAAAAAAAUAUUAAAACUUAUAAUAUAAAUAGCUGGAUUCUGUGAUAGUCGAGAUGGGAAUAUGAUUUAGGUUUGUUGGGUUCCAUAACCAACUCUGGCACUGGCUCACCGAGUCCCUUCUACAAACUUUUUGUUUAGAUGCCUCAGUUUCCCCAAUUAGAAAUAGCACAUAAUGUUAUCUUAUGCAAACUUAGUAUUUUUUUCUUUUGCAAAAGGAACUAUGUGUAUGUCAUGCCUAAGUUUGCUAUUUCUUUCCCACUGUUAUUUGAGACCUAAAAAAAGGCUUCCAAGACUAUAGCAUGAAAAUUAGAAGUUCAAAUUUAUAUCCCUUGAUAUUCAGUUUAAAAAUGAGAGUGAAGUUACAUUAGUACUCCAUGUACCAGAAUAGGUUUGGGUGUUUUCAUAUUUACUAGUUUCAUAUUAAUUCAUUUUAGGAUAGACUAAAAACUCAUUUCUAAAACCUUCAUAAAUUUUGAGUAAUUUUGCUUUUUCUACACUCACCCCAGACAACCAUUUUAAAUAAGAGCUUCUUUAAUUCUUAGAUUAAUUCCCCAGAAGGAAAGUGUCCCUUUAAAUCAGUGGUUACACAAAUGGAAUAUGGACUCUCUUACUUUGUUUUACCCUGUGACAUCAUUUACUCUCUGUACCAAGUGAAUUCUUCUUGGCUUCUGUGCUGUUUGAUCCAAAGCCUGGAUCACUAGCUACAUUCUCUGGCUGUGGAAUGAUAUUCCCUCACGCAAAGCACCUCCAAAACUUUCUGUAAAGAAACUAAAUUACAGAUUGCCUUGUCACCACAAUAGAAAUCUGAGUACGAUUAAGAGAAAUACAUCCCAAUAAGUCAUUCAAUAUAGAUGAGGGUAUAUGGCUACUGACUUUAUUUUUACCUGGAAUUUGAAUUCAGUCACUAUCUGAUCUUCAAUUUAAGUUUUAUUUCCUAAAUCUGGCAUUUAUGAUAGCAUAAUAUCAUAACUUGGAGCUCCUGUUAUAUUCCCCUUCCCUAAAAACAUUGGAAUUAUGAGGGGGUGUAAGCCACAUGACGUAAAGGAAAAGACUGAAUCAGAAUUCAUUCACAUGCUAUUUUAAUCUGUCUUAAUGACAUAACAGUUUUCACAAUGACAGAUCUCUUAAGUGAUGGUUCCAGAAUGAUUUGGUACAGUGAUGGAAAGAAAUUAGUUUUCUGGGAAUUGGGCUUUCCACAAUGACCUGAUACAGAUAUCCUUAGCAUAAUUAAAACGAAUUAUAACUUUAAUCAGAGCCUACCCUGUUCACAGCUUCCAUUUGGGCAGCAAUGUUUACAUAAUGAUGAAGAUUGAAAAAUUGCCAACUCGAGCAGUUCUUUUGUUUCCUCUCCUCCUUCCCCUUGAAAAGCAUUCAGAAAGCUUUUGGGAGAUGACACAGUCUUCAUGGCAACAUUAGCGGUUAUGUUCUGCCAAGAAACUUGUCAACUAAAACACGGAGCAACACAAAUGCUUACCCUAAACUUAGUUUUGAAUUGCGGAAGCAAAAGCAUUUUAUAUAUCAACAUCUUUUCAAUAUUUAUGCAAUUGCAUGUUUUGAUUUUUGUCCAUCUCAAAAAUUGAAUUGGCGUUCUGUGUUCUGUUUCUGAUUAGUUGAAGUAAAGUGAUAAUUCCAUUGCCUUGGUUCAGGCCUUUAUCAGUACAAACCUUUCCCAUUUUGCUGUGCUUUUGCCAUUUUAUUUUCUCAGCAACCAGUUUUCCUACCCGCUUUCUCUCCCACCUCUAUUCCACCUUUCACAAAGCUGAUGAGUAGUUUUUCUACAACACAAGUUUGCUUUGUCAUCCCUCUGCUAAAAAUUCUUAAGUAGGCUCUACUUUUUUCAGAGCACAGUAACCCAACUCUUCAGAGUGAUGGAUAAGGGUCUCUGACUUGCCUUUUCCCACUUUUAACAUCUUCACCCAACAUUUCCUUUAGAAACCUUUUGUAACCCUAGAAUUUGAAACUAUUCACAAAUCAGUGCCUUGGCAAAAAUCAUGUGCCAUUGAUCCACUCAUUCAAGACUCAGUUCAAGUUUAACCUUCUGUAAAGCUUUACCUGACUUCCCCAGUCAGAGUAUUUCAUCCAUGCUUCAUAAUAGCUUGAAACCUUUUCUGUUAAAAUAACAUUAUAUUCAGUAUUUUUUUUAUAUAGAUGCCUGCCCCUGCUGCUGAAUUGCUCUAACUUUGUAGUCUAUGUCUAGCUAGCACAUCAUAGGAUCUUAAUAAAUGUUUUUAAAUGAAUGAAGUUAAUGUAGAACCCAAAUGUCUCUAUAUUUUUAUUCUUACACAGUGAAAGCUUAGACUUCCCUGAGAGUGCCCGAGGGCUGUGCAUUCAUGAGCGAGUGAGCCUGCAUCAUGCACUCAGGGCAGACCAACAGAAAAUGAAGAGCAGGGAAGAGUAGUUGUUUUAUGAAGGGUAUUUGUUAACUUAAUCAGAAAUGUUUAUCAAAUCUGAAUCCUUCUCUCUAAAAUGAGGCUACAAAAGUUCCACGUAACUGUCAAAUUUUAUUUGUAGUUCAUAAAUAUGCCCUAAAGAUUACUUUUCCCUUCUGCAGACACAUUCAGUGUAUACAGUCCACACAAGCACAUAUGUUGAUACACAAAAAUAAUGAAACUUGAGAAAGAAUUUUUUUUAAUUGUGAAAGUGAAAUUUCCUUAAAAAUAAUAUUCAUCCAGAGACAUAGACUGAAUCUGUGUGAUUUCAGGUCAUUUACAGUUAAUGAUUAUUUCAUUUUUUAUAAUGUAUGAAAGCCUGUUUGUGACUGUUACCACCCCUUGUAGAACAUAAAGCCUAAGAACUGUUAACCUAAGGCUUUGUUUUUCUUUUGUGACUCUAUGAAGCCUUUCUACCAUGUUCCCAAGUAUGAUAAGAGGUUAACUUAAAAAGUUCCAUAUAGUUAGUAAUUUCUAAAAUUAAAUAGUAGUAAAAAAAUGCAUGUAAUUAAAUACCCUUUCCUUUACUCAUAUGAGAAACAUUUUUCUAUCUGCUCUAUACCUGGCAUUUGAUUAGAUCUUGGGGAUAUAAAUAAAAGGAGGCAUAGCUCAUGUCUAGUAGAAUUUGUUUGUUUUGAUGUGGUUUUUUGUUUUUUUUUUGUAAAAUCUGUUUUAAGAAAUUGAGGGGACAUUUUUAAAUGAAAUAUUUCUCAGGUUAUUUCAGAGACGUGGUCUCCUUCCACCCAAAAAACUAGUCAAAUUUUGUGCUACAGAAGUAAUCCCAUUUUUAUGUUCACAAUUUUUAUAUUUUCAGGUCAGCCACAAAUAUUUUGGGGCAUCACUUGUCAAUUACAUCUUUCAUCAACCCUGUGGAACCCCAUGUCCACAACCAUAGAUGUUAUGUGUGAUCAGUAGCUAAUAGAUUUGUAGAACAUGAAAUAAAUUUGAAGUCCAUUUUAAGAAGGCAUAUAUCCCUAGGAGUGACACAUGCAUCAAAAUUAUGAGGUAUACAUUGUGAGCCCACUGUAGAGGAAAAGAGUUACAAAGUAAUCCUUCCUGGUAUACUUCAAAGGCUCCAUUUGAAGUUGUGGCUUCAUUUUCCACCUCAGUUGUUUGCAAUGGGAGGUAGGGAGUAUUAAUCUUUAACAAGUAGCAUACUUAUCUAAGCAAAUAGAAAUAUACUACUAGCAUUUGUGUGCCAUGAUGCACUGACAUAUAGGUGAAACCAAAAUAUUUGAGUUAUAAAAAUUAACUUCUCUGAAUAUUUAUUAAUGGUUAGGCAAUAGAUUCCUUUAUGAGAAGAAAACUGUCUUUAUCUUCAUUAUCAGAAAGUAGGGAAAAAACCUUAUUUGUAUGUAUAUUUAUGUUUUGAUAGAAAUAUUUUAAAGUCACCAUUUCCCAUCGGUAUAAAGUAUCAACCAUUUUUUUGUUCUCUAGCAAAAGGAAAUGAUUAGUUUGAUACAACUUUACUAUUUGUUUGAUGUUUUAAAAGGUCCACAAAAGAAGGAGGCUUAGAAGGCUGGACACUUUGCCCUUAUAUUUACCGUAUUUAUUUUGCCUUACAAUAAAGAAAAUCAGUAAUUAUUUGCCUCCUAUUUGUCAUGAUGUUGGAAAUCUUGCUGUAUAGUUCCUUUUGUCUCUGACAUUGCAAAAAUAGGUUGAAUCUAGCCUUUGCCAUAAUAUUUAUAGUUAAGAAUUCACUACAUUUUGGUAGUCUGUUUUGAAACUUGUAUCUGAAAGAUGCAGAUCAUGUCUAUUUAUUACAUGGUGGGCUCUGUUUGCUGCAGAAAAGAGUGAAACUUUUAACUGCUUAGCACACUUGCCAGUGAAAUAUACCUGACAGAGCAGAGGUUAUAACUUUGGCUCUAAUUACUUUUAAUAAUGGUAAGAAAACGUGACUUUUGUUUACAUGCUGUUUACAAUGGCAUAAUUUUUUAAAUAUAUAUAACAAUUGAGAUAUUUAUUGCAUACUAUUUUAAAGAUGUUUUAUGUAUUUUCACCUUUGGGAUAUAUUGUUACAGUUCCUUAUACAGAUAAUUUGGGUGGCUUUGUUAAUAUAGCUAGAAAUUGUUAUGACUACUAAGUGACCAGUUUUCCGUGCCUUUUAUUGUGGGAUGCAUGAUUAUGUAUUUAUUGUACGGAAGUCACUGAUGUGUGUAUUUUUGUACUUUGCUGAGAGUAAUGGUUGAUCUCAAUGUAUAUGAUGAUGAGACAUGCCUUUCCCAAAGGGCACUGCCUUGAGACCGUUCUCAAAUAAAAAUUAGAAUGCAUUUGGAGAA